AUGUUUGUGCAACAUCCGCCUCAUCUCCAACAACAACAACAGCAACAACAGGGUCAAGGGGGAGAUGAGAACGCUUUUGGAAAUUCUGGUGGUCCCAGUACAGACCAAUCACCUCUUUAUCCCCAUGGCGGUCGGAGCUACGCCGCCUUUGGUAGCCAAUCAGAUGAGAGGGUUUAUGCGACCUCUUCCGCAGUCGCAAGCGAUGACACCCUUUUUACCUCCCCAGCCAGCCAAUUUAACUUCGUACGCUCUUGGAUUGCUCAACAUCACCAUAACCAUAAUCAACAUCAUCAGCAGAAUGAUGUUAAUAGUGCUCAUAGCCAUCAAUCAGAAGUUGGCUAUCAGCCGGCAGGGGGGCUACAGGCCUACCCCCCAGUGGGGCACCAGUUCGGAGCCCUCAUUGACGGAAGUGGCAGUGGUGGUGCUAAUGGAUUCAGUCAGGUACCCACUGCAGCUGCUUCUGCUGCGAGGUUUGGUGUGUUCCAAGCCUCAACUGGUGGUACCAGCACAACGACACCGGUUUCAUCAAUGACUGGGUACUCUGGGCUCUUUCCCAGGUUGGAGAGGUGGUGUUUAAUGCUAAUGAAGCUGAUACUUUUAGAAUGUAGUUACACAUUUUUUUACAUACGGUAA